GGACAAUUACUAUAACUGUGACUAGUGCAUUCUACUACAGCGUGCAGUAUUUACUAACCGAGAGAAAUUCAGUGACAAACAAAAUGACGAAUAUAUUCUGUUUUUUUGUACUCGCAGCUUACUUGCAGUUUGUAUUUUGUUUGCCAACUACGCAAACUCAAAGUGGUCUCAAGGACAGCAGCAGCACGGAGCAGAAUGGACUGAUACCGGCGAAGAGCACUCUUAAGCCCACGGCUUUGACUUUGGAAGAGCAAAACGCAAUAACGCGCGAACGCAAACGACUUUCGGCUAUGAUAGCCGAAGGCGAAAAGAAACACCAUCAAUUUCUAUUAAAAGGUAGCAAUAAAAUAACCAAAGAAAUACUUGCCGAUCCUGCAAUCAAUAAUAUAAACAGCGUAGAUCGUAAGAAGGAAAAAGCAGUGCUCGAACAAUUUGUGCGGGAUUCCGAUGAUAUCAUUGACGAUACGGAUAGGAAAUGCGUUAUACGUGUGCUUAAAGACUUUUACACGUUUACGAACGAACACUUUUUCAGCAAAAAUAACCUUACGAAUGUAGAUGAUAUUUGGUUCAAAGUUUUGAAGGCACAUGGUAUGGAUCAGUUCGACGCUGACGAAGCCGAAUUAUUGAACCAAAUCGGUUACCAGUACGCUGAUGAGUUCGAUAAGUAUUUGAAGUCGCUUUCGCCAGCAGGUCUCGAGAAAGAAAAGGAUUUAGUGUAUGUCCAGGAGACUUAUUUGGAGAAUAAAGAUAUUAUGGAUAAGGCGAGUUACGGAUUUCGAUACGUGAAUUUUUUUAACAAACAAAAAACAGAUGUGUAAAUUAAAUUUUAUUUUAUUAUGAAUGACGUAGUAAAAAUGAAUUUGUAAUAAAAACAAUUUUUUUUACGCAACUCAGUUUUCGCCACCAGUGUAAUUUUACAAUGUAUAUAUGUUAUUACGUCCAAUAGCGUUAUAUUUUUUGGUUUCUUAUCACUGUUAAAAAUAUGAACUGAAGACACGUACUCUUAUAUAUAUAUAUUACACACUACAUAUAGCUUACAACAUAAAUAAAUAUGUGCAUGUAUAUACACUAACAACUAAGUUUGUUUACAGCCGUUAAUUAGAUAAUAAGCCGCUAAUACUUUUAACUGUAAA